AUGCCUAGAAAGGUUUCCCCUAGACUAUUCUAUCGUCCUAAAAACCCUUAUCAAAACGUUGAAAGGCGUCCCGCGAACGACAAUGCUGAGAUCGUCGACAGGGGCCAGGAUCAGCGUAACCACAAUGAACGCUCCCAAGACGACGAGCUCAACGAACAAGCGGAGAUCAAUCUGAGCCCGGAGCGCAUCGAGCGCAUCGAGUGCAUCCAAAACACCGACCUCGCCGAGCGCACUGUUAUUGUCGAAAUCGCACGCCGCGGUGCCAGUCCCGCAAAUAUCGCCGCAACGGAACCAACUCUGACGCAGGCUCAAGAGGGGACGGGGGGGCCGGAUCGUGUCCAAGAUCUUGACAGCGAAACUGAUGCCAACACUUCCGGACGGAAAAGGAAAAGGAGAAGGAAAUGGUCAAGGGAAUCAAGACGGUUUCAAAAGGUGAUAGAUGGUUUGAAUGAAAGAAUAAGUUCUUUGGAAAAAAGCUAUCGGGAAUCGAUGGGUAGCAAGUCUACAACUAUUAUUAAUAGGAAAUGUAGAUACUACCAGUCGGCUAUUGAGAGAGUCAAAAGGGAGCACUAUAUGGUGUAG